AUGAUUGAAAAAUCAAUAAUAUUUUUUGUUCUAUUUCAACUUUUACAAUGUGCACCUUCUCCACAAAUGUGUCGAUCUUUCGCAAAAUUCGCAGAAAGAUGGAAUCCACUUCCGGAAACAUUAUUGACAUGGUCACGCAGUAAUUGCGAUAAAAUUCAACCUCGACCAAGAGAUAUGUCAUGCGAAGAUGUUGUUCAAUUUGUAUCCGAUUGCAAUUUCAGUGGAGGUGGACCGGGCGGAAAAUUAUCGGAGGCCACAAAUCGCCAAGUUGCUGACAAUUUUUAUUCGAGAACUUAUGAGAAUAAUGCGAGAGUUCUUCCAAAAUAUAUUUAUUAUAAUGAGAAUACGGCAAGAGAUUAUGGUCAAUUUGGAAACUGGUAUUAUCCGAAUUAUUAUCCACCAACAUAUUUGGGAUAUUUUGAUGGAAGACCAGCAAGUAUGGCACAAUUAGAAAAUGAUUAUAAAUUCGCGAAAGGAGGACAUUAUCCAUACAAUAGGUGAGAACAAACUUUGAUGGUUUGAAAAUUAUUUUCCUGAUAAUUUCAGAGCUGAUAAUAUUAUCAAUAUCGGACUUCAACAAACAUAUCUUCCAACUUGUCUUCAUGAUUUGUUUUAUUGUGUUCGCGCAUCAACUGGACAAAGACCACAACAAUAUUUGGUGAUUACCAAUUUUUUUCUUUUUUUUCUAAUUACAAAUUCAUUUUCAGAACUAUCAAGAAUAUCGUCGUGAUCGUGAUUAUGCUGCUUCUCAAUUAAAAGCUGAAGAUGAUGAAGCACCUUUGAAGCCACGUAGAAAACAUAGAAAGAAGCAAGAGGAUUAA